AUCGUUUGUUCAUACAGAACUGGCCUUCUUCCAUGCGCUGGUCCAGUCAACUGCAAGACCUAUCAGAGAUCAUAUAAACUGUGGUGGAGAAGAUAUAAAGAUUACAAACUCUUUCAGUAAAAUCACUUAUCAAGCUGAUAACAGUAAAACCAAUGCCGCAACAAAUCAUCACCUCGAAAACUGGGGAAUCAGCAACACAGGUGACUUCACCGAUGAUGCAUAUGUUGAUGACACGUUCAUCAUUUCAACUAGUUUAAGACUAUCUAAAGAUUCUCCCCAUCUCUAUAAAACCGCGCGUCGAUCUGCUCUCUCUCUGGUUUACUAUGCAUUUUGCUUGGACAAUGGAGCCUACAAUGUGAAACUCCAUUUUAUGGAGAUCCAGUUUUCAGAGAAAAAAGUAUACAGUCGUAUAGGCAGACGCAUAUUUGACGUUUAUGUUCAGGGAAAAUUGUUUUUGAGGGAUUUUAACAUCAAAGAGGAGACUAAUGGGACUCUGAAGCCUGUUGUGAAAGAGCUGAAAGCUAAUGUGACAGACCAUUUGUUAGAGAUUCGGUUGUAUUGGGCCGGGAAAGGGACAGCCCUCAUUCCCAACAGAGGAAACUAUGGUCCUCUUAUUUCUGCUAUCUCCUUGUGUCACAGUCUGGAGCCACAAUGUGGAGCGGAGAAAAUAAAACAUCACAUUAGUUAUCCCCUAGUUUUGGGGGCAACAGGUGUCUUGAUAACAAUUACUCUCUUAGCUGUGGGAAUAAAUGCUCGGAGAAGAUGCCUAAAAGACAGUAACACAAGAAAACGAGAUCUGAGAGCAGAGGGUUUGCAAACUGUUUGCUUUACUUGGAGGCAACUGCAAGAUGCAACAAACAAUUUUGAUCAAGCCAACAAACUUGGAGAAGGAGGUUUCGAUUCUGUAUUCAAAGGAGAGCUGUCAGAUGGAACUAUCAUAGCAGUGAAGCAGCUUUCUUUCAAGUCAUGCCAAGGAAACCGUGAGUUUGUGAAUGAGAUAGGCAUGAUCUCUGGUCUCAAUCAUCCAAACCUUGUCAAGCUUUAUGGAUGCUGUGUCGAGAAGAAUCACUUGAUGCUUGUGUAUGAGUACAUGGAAAACAACUCCCUUGCUCUUGUUCUGUCUGGAAAGAGCUUCAUGAAACUGGACUGGAAAGCAAGACAGAAAAUUUGUGUUGGAAUCGCAAGAGGGCUAGAGUUCCUCCAUGAAGGAUCGAUGAUCACAAUGGUUCACCGUGACAUCAAAACUCCUAAUGUGCUUCUAGAUGCUGACUUAAAUGCAAAGAUAUCUGACUUUGGAUUGGCUAGACUCCAUGAAGAAGAACACACUCACAUUAGCACCAAAGUUGCAGGAACCAUUAUAUAUAUGGCUCCUGGAUAUGUACUAUGGGGUCAACUAACGGAGAAAGCAGAUGUGUAUAGCUUCGGAGUUGGGGCAAUGGAGAUUGUUAGUGGCAAGAGUAAUACUAAACACAAGGGAACUGCUGAUCACCUCUCACUUCUUGAUUGGGCGCUGUCACUGCAUCAGAAAGGGAACAUACUGGAGGUUGUAGAUCCAGUUCUUGAAGGUCAUUUCGAUAGAAAAGAAGCAGUGAGGAUGAUCAAUGUUGCUCUUGUUUGCACAAACUCAUCUCCUGCGUUGAGGCCAACAAUGUCAGAGGCCAUGAAAAUGCUGGAGGGAGUGAUCGAGCUAACACAGGUUACGUCAGAUCCUGGUUUAUAUGGAGACGACUGGAGCUUGUUAAAGAUGAGAGAUGUUGAUACACAUGGAAGCUCGAGCACGUCUGGUGUGACGGAUCCAACAAGAACAACAACGAAAUCAUCUGUUUCUGGUUGUGAUCUCUACCCGUUAUACCCUGAAUCCAUGACCCUAAACUCCACAGUAGAGUAUCAUUCCUCAUCGCUGUAAACAUAAUGAGUCGUAUCGAGGGACUUAGUCUAUCUGCACAAGCUUUGCUU